ACGGCAGAGUAAAUCAAGGGAGGGGGAAGACCCGACGGUAGAGGGGCGGGGCUGCGUGUGACGGGGCUUCUAUAUAAACUCAGUGCGGGGGUUUAAUCGUUUCUCCCCAGUCAUUGUCGGAAGAGAACGGUUGCACCCACAAGAAAGUGAAAAUGUCUAUCAAGAACAUCCGUGCACGUGAAAUAUUUGAUUCUCGUGGGAACCCUACAGUGGAGGUUGACCUAUACACUUGCAAAGGACUGUUCCGUGCUGCUGUUCCAAGUGGAGCUUCCACUGGUAUUUAUGAAGCACUAGAACUCCGGGACAAUGACAAGACUCGCUACCUGGGAAAGGGUGUCGGCAGAGCUGUCAAAUAUGUAAAUGAGUUUCUGGGACCUGCAUUAUGCACCCAGAAUCUAAAUGUUGUUGAGCAGGAAAAGAUUGACAAGCUCAUGAUUGAAAUGGAUGGAACUGAAAACAAAUCCAAAUUUGGUGCUAAUGCACUCCUGGGAGUGUCCCUGGCAGUGUGUAAAGCUGGAGCUGCAGAGAAGGGAGUCCCACUGUACCGUCACAUUGCUGACCUGGCUGGGAACCCUGAGGUCAUACUUCCUGUACCGGCAUUUAAUGUUAUCAAUGGUGGCUCUCAUGCUGGCAACAAGCUGGCUAUGCAAGAAUUCAUGAUCUUGCCUGUGGGUGCAGACAGCUUUAAGGAGGCCAUGCGCAUAGGGGCAGAGGUGUAUCACAAUCUGAAGAAUGUCAUCAAGGAGAAAUAUGGAAAGGAUGCCACAAAUGUUGGUGAUGAAGGGGGUUUCGCUCCCAAUAUCUUGGAGAACAAAGAAGCCUUGGAGCUUCUGAAAACUGCCAUUAACAAGGCAGGAUACCCAGAUAAGAUUGUCAUUGGGAUGGACGUGGCAGCAUCUGAAUUCUACCGUGAUGGAAAAUAUGAUCUGGACUUCAAGUCCCCCGAUGACCCCAGCAGAUACAUCUCACCUGACAAGCUGGCUGAACUGUACAUGAGCUUUGUCAAAAAUUAUCCAGUGGUAUCCAUUGAAGAUCCCUUUGACCAGGAUCAUUGGGAAGCCUGGACAAAGUUCACAGCAGCUUCUGGUAUCCAGGUAGUUGGUGAUGACUUGACUGUGACCAACCCUAAGCGUAUUGCCAAGGCUGUGGAGGAGAAGGCUUGUAACUGUCUGCUUCUGAAAGUCAAUCAGAUUGGCACAGUGACAGAAUCCCUGGAGGCGUGCAAGCUGGCUCAGUCAAAUGGCUGGGGUGUGAUGGUCAGCCAUCGUUCUGGGGAGACAGAAGAUACUUUCAUUGCUGACUUAGUGGUUGGUCUUUGCACUGGACAGAUAAAGACUGGGGCUCCAUGCAGAUCUGAGCGACUUGCAAAGUACAACCAAUUGCUCAGGAUUGAAGAAGAACUUGGCAGCAAGGCCCGCUUUGCUGGAAAAAACUUCAGAAAACCAGUUUUCAACUAAUUGGCGACUUCCCUAGGCAAUCGCCCAACUGAUGUAGUAGCUGUGCACCUAGGAGAGACUACAAGAGGUGGCUUACUUGUCACUGCUGAGCCCUCGCUUAAUUUCAGGCACUUCCAGCGAUGUUAGAUGUUACGGAGCCUCUCCCAGCAUAACCCUGCCAUCUUUCCAAUUCAAAAGCUUUGCUGCUGCUGUUUAGGAUUACUCCUAAUUCAGUGUCACUCUGGUGCCUGCAUGUCGUACUUGUUUUUUCUAUUGUGGCUGUGGUCCUGGUCACGUCUUCUUUGUAGUCCUCUGUUCUCAUCCUGUUGCAGUUUCACAAUAGAUAAUGGUUUGUUACACUGUAGAGAUGAAGAGGCAAUAAAACUCUUUUGAAGGUG